UCCUGCGACUGAAAGAAAGUGACAUUGUGGGAUUUGGUUGUUUUGAAAGUUAUUCUGUUUUAUCUAGUCCGUGCAGGUAGUAAAAUAUACAAACGAAUUUUCACAAUGAAUUCAAUUAACAGGCUCCUUCGCAAGACUAGAACUCUCUUAACUACAAGCCUUAUUCAAAGAUCGGUGACCUCGGGGACUGAUGGAGAAGUAAGAAUCUCUCAGCUAUUGAAAGAGAAGUUCCCCCAGGCUGCAUCUCUUAAAGUAGUAGAUAUUUCAGGUGGCUGUGGAUCCAUGUAUGAAAUCCAUAUAGAAUCUGAAGAAUUUAAGGGGAAAAAAACAGUACAUCAACACCAGCUGGUCAACCAGGCAUUGAAAGAUGAAAUUAAAGCCAUGCAUGGACUCAGAAUAUUUACUGCUGUUCCUAAACAAUAGGAUGAAAUACAGACUUGUGAGACUUGAGACUGUCCUCGUUGGACAAUGGAUAUGCCAGAGGAGGUCGAAAGCAAUUGAAGACAGAAUAACAGUUGAAACAAAUGCCACUUAAAUCCACUUUCAUCCUGGGGGGGGGGUACUGAGAACGAAUGUAGCAUGACAAUGACAAAACGAUGUUAAAUACCUGAUCAGGAAUAUUUUAUUCACUCAGAUGGCCUGUACCGUUACUGUACAUUAAUUGUGCACUCAAAAGUAAAGUCAAUUAUUUUGUGCUGUAGAGCAUGUAAGCUAUUACCAAACCUAGAAAGGAAAUGUACUGUACUCAACAUUUGCAUAUUGGAAAAUAUAUCCAGUCACAUUUUUAAUACCAUACAACUGUUGACCUCAUGUACACAUUCAGCUUCCAUGUUCAGUAUAUACAAAUCUAUAAUUUUUUUCUUCUUCUUUGUUUUGUUAUUUUGGAGAAAGUUAUGGAAAUGGUUAUACAGCAACCUGAGCUAGGCAGAGGAAUGAGGAGUGGUGCUUCCAAAAGCUAUAAUAGUAGAUUUAAUGUCACUGUUAUUCGUUGCUGUGUAAAAUCAUCUUUCUGGAUCUUUGUCCAUCCUGAUUUUUCUUUAUGGGUAUUGAAAGAAAUCCUGGAGAAAAUGCUAAAGAUCUUUACUUCGAAGUGCACUUUGCACCGUUUUUAGGGAAAUGUUGUGUUAAUGCUAAUUCAGUCCACUCCUCCUGUUAUUACAGUAUAUCUGUGAACAACACCACCUACAGUAUUAUGAGUGCAUGCUGUUAGUGUCCUAUACUCUACUGCAUAGGGUUUGGUCUGGGUGUCAUACAACAUAAAUUCAGGUUACCCCUUAUUGUUUUACUGUACAUACAGCACAUCUUUCAGAAGCAUUUCAACCCACGUGGCAUAAUUCUAUAACGUAAAUGGAAGAGAAGGUUUAAAAUGCCACAUCUCCAUGCUCUGCACUGAAUGAUUUUUCCACCUCUUCAAUGCAAAGUGACCAACAGACUGUGUUCACCCUGAACAGUA